AGGGGACCCCCCUUCUCCUGGACCAUGGAGCUAUGACCCUUUGGAGGUGACCCAGAAGAGAAGGGAUGCAGGGCUUUAGUCCUCCAGAUGAGAGUCCCCUCCAGGGCCUCGUGGCCUCCCGCAUUGAGACUUAUGGGGGCCGGCGUCAGGCAAGCCCUGCUGGCGGUCUCUAUUCUCGAGGAAGCCCUGUACUGGAUCCCAGCCGCCGUCGCUUCCCGCACUAUGUCCCCUUUGUCAAGGGUUCUGGCCCUUCCCGAGGCCUGUCUCCCUUGAUGUUGCGAGAACAAGAGCUCGAGAAGAAGCAUGGAGGUCAUUUGGGACCUGGCCCACCUCACUCCCCGAAACUCAAGGAAGUUACCAAGGCCCAUGAGCUAGAGUUGAGGCUCCACACGUUCAGCAUGUUCGGGAUGCCCCGCUUGCCCCCUGAGGACCGACAGUACUGGGAGAUAGGAGAGGGUGGYGACAGUGGUGUGACCAUCGAGAAGUCCUGGAGAGAGCUGGUGCCUGGGCACAAGGAGAUGAGUCGGGAGCAGUGCCACCAGCAAGAAGCUCUGUGGGAGCUCCUCACUACUGAGCUGAUCUACGUGAGAAAACUCAAGAUCAUGACCGAUCUCCUAGCUGCUGGUCUGCUGAACUUGCAGAGAGUGGGACUGCUGAUGGAGGUGUCAGCUGAGACCCUGUUUGGAAAUGUCCCUAGCCUGAUUCGAGCCCAUCGGAAGUUUUGGGAAGAGGUGCUAGAACCCUUCCUGGAGGAAACUCGGGUCUCAGGCCAGCCUCUGGAUCCCAUCAGGCUACAAAAUGGCUUUCUGACGUUUGGCCAGUGGUUCCAGCCCUACGUCCAGUACUGCCUGAGAGUGAAGCAGAUCAUGGCUUACGCCCGGGAGCAGCAAGACACUAACCUUCUCUUCCACACCUUCGUGCAGUGGUGUGAGAAGCACAAGCGCUCAGGGAGGCAGAUGCUGGGCGACUUACUUAUCAAGCCCCACCAGCGCAUCACCAAGUACCCACUGCUGCUGCAGGCUGUGCUCAAAAGGAGCCCCGAGGCCCGAGCCCGAGAGGCCCUGGAUGCUAUGAUUGCAGCUGUGGAGUCGUUCCUUCGACACAUCAAUGGUCAGGUCCGCCAAGGCGAAGAGCAGGAGAGUUUGGUGGCUGCAGCUCAGCGCAUUGGGAACUACGAGGUAUUAGAGGCAUCCAGCGAGGAAGUGGAAAAGAACUUGCGUCCAUUCUGCACCCUGGACCUUAUGUCCCCCAUGCUGGGGGUUGGCCCUGAGCACACCAGGCAGCUGCUGCUGGAGGGACCUGUGAGAGUGAAGGAGGGACGAGAAGGGAAGCUGGAUGUGUACCUGUUCCUCUUCUCUGAUGUGCUCCUGGUGACCAAGCCCCAACGUAAAGUGGACAAAGCCAAGGUCAUCCGCCCCCCUCUUAUGCUGGAGAAGCUUGUGUGCCGACCAUUGCGAGAUCCCAACAGCUUCCUGGUGAUCCACCUUACUGAAUUCCAGUGUGUCUCAAGUGCCCUCGUUGUACAUUGUCCCAGUUCCACAGAUCGUGCAAGGUGGCUGGAAAAGACCCAGCAAGCCCAGGCUGCCCUGCAGAAACUGAAGGCAGAGGAGUACGUCCAACAGAAGAGGGAGCUCCUGGCCCUCUACCGGGACCAAGGCAGGGAGUCCCCCAGCACCAGGCCCUCCACGCCUUCCCCAGAGGGCUCUCAAAGCAGUGCUGAGGGGAGGACUCCUGAGUUCACUGUCAUCAUCCCCCACCUUGUGGUGACUGAAGAUACAGAUGAAGAUGCUCCCUCUGUACCAGAUGAUACCUCAGACUCUGGCUAUGGCACUUUGAUGUCAAGCUCCCCCAAGGCAUCCCACUCUCGGCUAAGCCGUCUGCGCCCCAGGGCUCUUAAGCGGGACCCUCGGCUUACCUUCUCCAACCUGGAUCUUCGAAAUGUUCCUUUGCGCCCCCAGCCAGCUGACCCCCAAGCGCCCCAACGCCGAAGUGCCCCUGAACUGCCAGAAGGGAUCCAAAGAGGGGGCAGUCUUCCGAGGGUAGACCCACCUACCUGGUCAGAGGAGGAAGAUGGGUCCUCAGCAGGAAGGAACGUGGUGGCAGAAACCCUGCACAGAGCCCAACUUCGGGGGCAGCUCCCUUCCUCCCCGAACCAUACUGACUCUGCUGGAGAAAGCCCCUGGGAGUCCUCAGAGGAAGAUGAGGGGCUUCUCUUCCUAGGCCCUGGCUACAGCCCCUGCUCCCGCCCACUCCGGGCUGAGGACAUGCUCAGGGAGAUUCGAGAGGAGUUGGCCAGCCAAAGGAUUGAGGGAGCCCCAGAGCCUAGGGACAGCAGACCUCGGAAGCUGACUCUGGCCCAGCUGCAGAGGAUGCGUGGGCAUCACAUCAUAAAGCUGGACACCCCCCUGUCCACUUCAGAGGUAUGAGAAAUGCCAAGGCCCUUUGACCUUUCUCCCAGAAGAACUAUCUCCCCAAGAGUGCUGGUCACCACCCCCCCAUCCUGGACUCUACCUCAAGGACCACA